UGAACCAGCGCAGCGAGACGACCAAUGCACGAGCGCGCCCGGCCAGGGCGCGGGAGACGACCGUGCGCGUGCCGCGUGUCACCGAUGCGGCCCCCCGGCGAAGACCCCGACGCGGAGCCCUCGUGCAGCAGUUCGGACACCAGCGAGCCGCAGGACCAGCAGCGCUCGGAGAGGGCGCUCUCCAACGGAGAUCUCUACCUGGGCCAGUGGCGCGGGGGCGUGCCACACGGCGACGGGAAGUACCUGUGGGCGGAUGGCUGCAUGUACGAGGGCGAGUGGCGCCGAGGCAAGGCCACCGGACGCGGUAGGUUCUCUUGGCCGUCGGGCGCCACCUACGAGGGCGAGUUCUUGGACGGGUUCAUGCACGGCGCUGGAACCUACGUGGGCGCCGCGGGGGACACCUACCGCGGCGCGUGGGCCAAGAACCUCGAGCACGGCGCCGGCGAGAAGCGAUACGCCAAUGGCGACUGCUACGACGGCGAGUGGCGGGCAGGGCUUCCGGACGGAUGUGGCCGCUACACCUGGCGCGAUGGCACGGAGUACGCCGGCGGCUGGCGCGCCGGGCUCAUCCACGGCCGCGGCGCCCUGGUCUGGGCCAACGGCAACCGCUACGAUGGCGGCUGGGAGGGCGGCCGCCCGCGAGGACAGGGCACGUUCCGGUGGUCGGACGGCAGCCUGUUCGUCGGGUUCUGGGGCCGGGAGGCGCCUGGUGGUGCCCUCCACCAGAAGGGCGUGUACUACCCAUCCCCCGGGGCGGCAGGGGAGACGAGGACACGCGACCCGAGGGAGGUGUUCGCGAGGGAGCUGCCGGAAUGUGUGCGCUCUGGCACGGAAAGCCAGUCGGCGCUACCGUCGCUGAGGUCUCUAAAGUGGCUGGCGCGGUCGGUCAGUGGGCGCGGGAGCUCGUCGUCGGGCCGGAGCAAUCUUUCGGGUGGGAGUAAUUGGGGUUCAGAUGGAGACGUCAAGUGCGAGCUUGCUGACGACUGGAAGCGUCGUAACAGUAUGAGGGAGGGUAGGGGGCUGAUGCCGCUCCCUUCGCUGGCGCCGGCGCCACAAGUAGCCAAGGGUGCACCGCAGCGGGUGUCGAAGCGGCAGGGGGAGACCAUUGCCAAGGGGCACAAGAACUACGAGCUCAUGCUCAACCUGCAGCUCGGCAUCAGGCAUGCAGUAGGAAGGCAAGGUCAGGUUAUAUUAGAUCUGAAAUCAUCAGCAUUUGACCCAAAGGAAAAAGUAUGGACAAAAUUUCCCCCAGAAGGCUCGAAAUAUACCCCUCCACACAAUUCUAGCGAUUUCAAAUGGAAAGAUUACUGCCCAAAGGUGUUCCGGACAUUGCGCAAGCUGUUCAAGGUCGAUCCAGCUGACUAUAUGCUUUCUCUCUGUGGAGAUGAUGCUCUACGUGAGCUCUCAUCCCCUGGUAAGAGUGGAAGCUUCUUUUACUUGACAAAUGACGACCGAUAUAUGAUAAAGACAAUGAAGAAAUCUGAAGUAAAGAUGCUUCUGAAGAUGCUUCAUGCUUAUUACAAUCAUGUCCGUGCAUUUGAGAAUACCCUAGUGGCAAAGUUCUUUGGUCUACACUGUGUAAAGUUGGCUGGAGCAAACCAAAAGAAGGUUCGUUUUGUCAUAAUGGGGAACCUGUUCUGCUCCGAUCACACUAUUCAUAGGCGAUUUGAUCUGAAAGGAUCAUCUCUUGGCCGGACAACUGACAAGCCACAGGCAGAGAUUGAUGAGUAUACAACUCUGAAAGAUCUUGAUCUUAAUUUUAUCUUUCGGUUGCAAAAACAAUGGUUUGAAGAGUUCCGAAGCAGGCAAGUGGACAAAGACUGUGAGUUUCUGGAGCAGGAGAAGAUUAUGGAUUACAGUCUCUUGGUGGGCGUACAUUUUAGAGGUGCCAUUGACAUCGUUGGUGACAAACCUGCCACACCCCGCGUUUCAAGAUGGGACAGGAAUCACUUUCUUUCUGAUCCAAACAGGUGGUCUAAGAUUAAACUUGGUGCAAAUAUGCUGUCAAGAGCUGAACUGACAGUCCGAAAGAACGAUAGUGAUGUUAUUGGAGAGCCAACUCGAGAAUACUGUGACGUUAUAUUGUAUUUUGGAAUAAUAGACAUACUUCAAGACUACGAUAUAGGAAAAAAGAUUGAGCAUGCAUACAAAUCUUUCCAAUAUGACUCGACAUCCAUUUCAGCGGUAGAUCCAAGACAGUACUCCAGGCGCUUUAAAGAUUUCAUAUACAAAGCAUUCCAAGAAGACAGAGUAGACAACUAAAAGCAUGUGGACACCUUCUCCAGCAGCUGAUGUAGUUUUGAAAGCGAAGAUCAACUUUUCUGGGCCAAAGAUCAAGCUGAGCAUAAUGCUGCAUGGCAUGGCAUGUUCAAAUUUGUACUUUGUCGGUUGUCUGCAGCAGUUUGGAUCGAUAUCAGCAGCUUCCGUAGAAGACAUCAGGAUAACCGAGUUGCAGGAGAACCUGCUGAUGCUUUGCCUUCCAGGAAUUGGAUUAGCUUUCAUGUAAUAUAUGAGUAGCUACGUACAUAACACAUGGAGUUCACUCACUAAUAUUUACAGGAGUAGAUAUAACUUGCAGAUUCAAAUCACACAUAUGCACAGGUCAGUCAGGGGUUGCAAAUGCUCUUUUGCCUGAGGACACCAAUGCCAGCAUUCUUGAAAGUUAACUUUACUGAAAGUAUGAAACCUUCAGCAUACCGAGAGAAAAUGUAUUUAUUGCUUAUUUUAUGCUACACUAUGAGGCUAAUAUGGAUUCAAAAUCCAUAGUGAUUAAUCAACUCAUUUUCGGUA